UGUCCGCGGGAUAAAUUUUAUGUCCUGCUGCAAACCCGGCUACAGUAAGCCUAAGCUCGUUUGCUGUUUACGAUGAAUCGCUACAGCUUGUAUUUGAAUUUCAUAAAUGAACAUCGAUCUUUAUGCAGCGUUUUCGAAACAAUCGCGAACAGGAGAACGCAAACAUGUCUUUCAACAAGUCGCCACCAAUAGUGGCAUCCGCUUGUCACCUCGAAGGACCCGCGCACAAUAUGUUUGCGCCGCUGCUCCCACCAGGCGAGCAAACUGGGUUUGGCCGAGAGCGUCCGGGGAUCACACCUUCACGCUUGCUGAAGCCAGCGCAACUACAGCACCAUCACUCACUUACUCCUGGAGUCAAUGACCCAGAGGAGCAAGCAUCGCUGCAAUUAGAAGUAGAUAGCAUGCGAUCUCAAUCUUCGAAGAAUAUGGCGACCUUUGAUUUGGAGGAGCAGGCUUCGCAGUGUCCGUCUGAGGGUGCCUUUACACUGGCUUGGCCUGAGUUUUUCAUGCCUUCACGGCGAGAAUCUAUAGCGUCAGCGGCACCAAGCCAGUACCUACAGUCAUCGCAGAACGUCGUGCUUGGGAUUCACAAGGAAUUGCUUACCCCGAUGACGACCUUUGUUGAUGACAGAACAACAAGUGCUGACGACGGAGGACGCGCGGUGAACAACAACAGAUCACUUGCUGUUGCUAGUGGUACACCUUCUAGAAGUGCAUCAGGAUCAGCAACGGCUGCCUUAGGACGCAUUUCCGCGAUGUUACCACCAAAAAGCAGACCUACAAAGCUUAGAAGGAUCGAGGCUCAGAAUGAUGGAUGCCGCGCUCCUGAGGCUUCUAGUGCCGUCUCUACUCAGUCGCUACGUGGUAGUGCUUUCCGCAGUCCGCUGAAAAAGUUUAGUAAUGCCGAAAAUAUGAAUUGGGACCUUGGGAGAAAAGGUUCGACAGGCACCAGCUCCAUUGGCAAAACGGCACCUCCUGCUACUGCAGCGUCCUCUAGCAGUACUACUUUAGGCCCGCUACAAGCGGACGAUGUCGUACAGGAGGAAGUAGACCUGCUAGUAGUAGCAGCUAGCGCGACGAGGGAUGUCGUACAGGAGGAAGUAGACCUGCUAGUAGUUCCCUGCCAAGACGCAGCAACAGAGCAGGACAACAUAGUACCUGCCGAUACAUCUUCGCAUUCGCAGCAGACCGAUAAGCGCUUCAAGGAUUUAGUUGGUGUGGACUUUCCAGAACGCGCUCUCCAGAUGUCUUUAGACAAGCGGAAACUCUUGGGUGUGCUCGGCGAGUCAGACAUCGCGGAUCUACGUGACUGCAUCGUAGAAGUAGUUGCCGACUUCGCGGCAGAAAGUGGCGCUCUAGUACGUGCGUUUCGGCCGGUUCCAGAGUCUACGUUCUCUCAUAUUGGGGACUCGGUUUUAGAAUUGGCCGUGCGCUACUACGGAGCGGAGCUUGGCGCACUUCCAAGAGUCGUCCAGAGAGCGGCGGCCAAUCUCGUUUCUCAUUGGAAUCUAGCUGGCGACUCAGGACGGUGCAAUACAAGGGCAGAGAAUCGUCUGACGUCGGAAGCGAUUGAGGCGGACUUGGGGAGACUCGUGACUGGCAGAGAAGUCAAGCUACUGCGUAGAAUACUCGAAAGAUCGAGCGCGCAACCGACUGAUAUUGCUGGACGAGAAUCCCGUGAAGAUCAACAGUCUGAACCGAACGAUGUUGCAGCCGCGCUGAAGACACUCUGUGAAUCAGUAUCGGGUAUGGAAGUCCACUAUUUGGAGCAUCCCGGAAAGAGUCUGCGAGAGCGCAUUCACAAUGAGAUUGCACUCGCGAGUGAAUACUUCGGCGUACCACUAGGAACGUCGCUGGAACGGCAACAGGAGGGGGCGGGCCUGCCAGCAUCGGGCGAUGCAGUAGCUGUGAUCGAUGUACCCGAGAAGGUGCCCGCGAGGACAUGCGAUACGGGCGCUGAUGGGUCAGCUGGAGCAGCAGGUAUCCCAACAUGUAUCGCGAGCAACAGCAACAAGACCACUGUCGAAGCGAGAGCGUACGCAGGAGGAAAAGGUGGCCCAACUUAUAGCAAUGCAGCACCCGACCGUGACGACUCGUUGCAGCAGAGUAGAGGUAACUCACCACGAAAGAAGAAACAAGCAAAAAGUUCUACAAGUGGAAGGUCCGCACCGCUGCCAGCACCUUCGUCCCCCUCGUCCUCAGACGGAGGUGUUGUCUUGAAGGGACCAGGAGUGCAUUUGAAAAAGAGGCCGCCCCUAAUAGAUGGUGAUGAGGAGACUGAUGCUGGAAGCCGGAGAGAUGCUUCUGAGAUUGCCGUGGGACAAGUCGAAUUGAAGUCGAAUGGAAGACCCCCUCUGCAAGAGACAUGUGAUAACCUGAACCUCGAUUUCCACGAGGAAUACAUACCGGCUCGCGCGUGGAUAGAUGGAGGAAGACAGCAGGAGAAUACUGAACGAUGUCACAGCGCAUGGAAUGAACUCGAGUUCUGGCAAAAAGGGAACAUUUGGUGGGUCAUUUCACUGCUAAACGAUCUUGCUGUCGCGAAAGGGAUGCCUGGGAAGCAGAUGAUACCCUACGGUAAAUACGUGUGCCAGGACUAUGACUUUGUGUACGAGAACGACAAGGCCUACGUUGCGCUUGCAAUAGGGAAGAAGAAACAGGUAGAACAAGACUGCGAUCAAACAGCUGCAUGGCGGUGGCUUCUAGAUUUCGCGCAAUACUGCGAGAAGGAGGUGGACGAGAAGAAGACCUCCACGAAGCAGCGUGAUAAUGGACGUGGUCCUUCACCGACAAAGUCAAAGUCAAACAAGCGCAACAAAAAGUCACCAGCUAAGAUAAAGGUCGCGCAAAAGCGACUACAACAAGCCGAACAAGCCAUUCAGUGUCAACCGCACAACACGACGAGCACAUCAAAUACCACUUCAUCCAGUAGGCCGCAUGAUAAAGAGGACAAGAAGACAAAUAAGCCAGGUUCUUCUUCUGCUGUACUGAAGCGGCGCGAAGAAAUAGACAAAGAGAACUCUGUGCCAUUUUUUUAGCCCCCUGACCAGCGCGGGUAGAAGUAACCACCUUGAGUUUUUCCUAUUCUUAUUUUUCCCAUCUAUCUUUUCAACUCUAUGGAGGUGAUUCUUCCUCCAGUCUCAGACUAUCCAACAAGAACCUACACAGCGGCCUCACAUGAUGUCGAG